GCGUAGCCAGGCCGGGCUGUGCGGCCUGGCGCGCAUGGGAGGUGCGAGGCGCCCCGCGGGGCGAGUGGCGCCCCGGGGCCGCCGCUGCCGCCGCGCCUGAGCCGAGCCGAGCCGAGCGGCUCCGCCUCCGAGCGCGCAGGGAGCAGUAGCGGCGGGGACGGGAGGUGAGCGCCCCUCCCCGCGGUGGCUGCCGCUCUUUCCCCGCGCCGGAGCAAGAGGAUGCGGCCCGGCUUCGGGCUCUGAGCGAUGGAAGGGGUCCUGUACAAGUGGACCAACUACCUGGCAGGUUGGCAGCCUCGGUGGUUUGUUUUAGACAAUGGGAUAUUGUCAUACUAUGAUUCACAGGAUGAUGUUUGCAAAGGGAGCAAAGGAAGUAUAAAGAUGGCUGUGUGUGAAAUAAAAGUUCAUGCAACAGACAACACAAGAAUGGAGUUGAUCAUCCCAGGGGAACAGCAUUUCUAUAUGAAAGCAGUUAAUGCAGCUGAAAGGCAGAGGUGGCUGGUAGCACUGGGGAGUGCAAAAGCCUGUUUAGCAGAUACCAGAACAAAAAAAGAAAAAGAAAUAAAUGAGACCAAUGAAUCUCUUAAAACCAAAAUGUCCGAACUUCGUCUCUACUGUGAUCUUUUAAUGCAGCAAGUUCAUACAAUACAAGAAUUUGUUCACCAUGAUGAGACUCGUUCUCCUCCCAGCAUUGAGAACAUGAAUGAAGCCUCUUCCUUGCUUAGUGCCACAUGUAAUACAUUUAUCACAACGCUCGAAGAAUGUGUGAAGAUCGCUAAUGCGAAGUUUAAGCCAGAAAUGUUCCAGCUGCCUCAUCCUGAUCCCUUAGUUUCUCCUGUGUCACCAUCACCUGUCCAAAUGAUGAAGCGUUCCAUUAGCCACCCUGGUCCUUGCUAUUCAGAAAGGAAUAAUCACUCUGUAAAAGAACCAGUUUCAUCCCUUCACCGAUUUUCACAGCAGUGCAGAAGAACAUACUCGGAUACAGAAUCUUGCAGUGAUGCUCCCUGUGAAGAUUCUCAGAGAUCUGCUCACUGUUCUAGAAGUGCUGUCAAUGGAGAUCUGGUAUCAGCAACUAUUCCUGAAGAAAACAGAUCAGUGUCAAAGGAAAGAUCUGAACUGGAAGAGACUCUUUCAUCCUUUUCUUCUUGAAAAAAACGAAAGUAUUCAGUUUUCUAUAAAUAAUGCUAUGCAAAAUCUGCUGUACUUGUACUGUUGUUAUAGGAAGUAGUGAUUUCCCUUUUUAGAAGGAUUUCUCUGCACUUUAUAGAAUAACAAAAAAUAUCUUUGAAGUGUAUUUUAUCUUUAUAUAGUUUAUUUGCAAGAGUAUUUUCCUAAUAUUUCACAGUUUUAAUGUGCAUUUUUUGGAACAAAUGGUGGCUUAACAGGUAAGCAUCCACAUUUGUAAAUGUAGCUCUUUUUAAAAAGUGUGAAGGUCUGACUGAUAUGUUAGUAAACCUGCAGGUUAUAAACUUCAGCAAAAAGAUUUAAAUUAUUUUUUUUUUGAGAAAAUGCAAUUUGUGCCAUGGGUCUCUUGGUCAUUUGUACCAGGUCAUCCACCAGGAGCUGUGAUUAGUCUUGCAAUGGCUUUUUUGCCUGUAUAAGGGCUGUGGGAAUGGGCACUAAUGGGUCUACUCUAGCAGCUUGAUGGUAAUUGUCAUUGCCUUCUUUAAAAAUACAAGGAUAUACAUAAUCCGGUCCUUAUUUUUAGCCAAUGAAAGUAGAAAUAUUUAGUGUAUUUUUCUAAACAAAUGUAUAAAAAUAACUUAAUAUGAAGCAUUUGUACCAAACAUUGGAUAUUUAAUAAUUUUUAUUUAUUUAUUCUUUUUUUGCAUCAAAAAUUUCUACCUACUUUCACUACUAAAGAUCUACUAAAAGCUUCAAAAUGUGCAUAAAUCAUUUCUGGGGUGUGUAGCAUCACAAGUAGCUGAUUCAGCCCUGGUAAGAUUUACUCUGCUCACUUAAGAUGUGUUUUUAGCAAAGUAUUAUAGAAGCAAAAACUGAAAUAUUAGACCAUUAAGCUGCUGUUGUAAUGAAUAUUUGUAUCUAUACAUUUUAUUUAUAUUAUUUAUACAAAAAGGAGCUUCUCGUUUUGCAACUCCUUUGGAUCAUUUGAGGAUGGUAUACACCAGGAGAUAGAUUCUGCUCUCAGUUACAUCAGUGUGAAUUUGUGACUGUAAGCGAGGUUGGAGUCUGUCUCUUAAUAAUUAAUGAGUAAUAUAGUGUAACAGUGCCUACCAGCACCUUGGCUGUUAGUGUUGGCAUUGUAAGCUUUUGGGCAUUUUUUGGAGUGUUCAUGUAAGGAUAAAUUUGGUCUAAAGUCUUUGCUGUAGAGCACUUUAAGCAAGCCAUUUACUGUUUUUGAUUUACACAAUUGUUAAAUACACGUACAGGGUUUUUUUGCACUCAAGCACAUACCAAAAUCCCUUUUUUUUAUAAUCAGAUCUUCUUUAAUUUGGUGUAACGAGUCUUCCUUUUGUGUAUAUGAAUAAUUUGGUGGUUUUGAAGCAGGCUGGAAAGGACAGAUGGGAAAGGAAUGGAAACUUUCCUGAUAAAUUUCUAGAAUGUUGAUUUGUCUAAAUCAACAUAGGUCUAAAUGUUGAGGAAAAACAUACAAACUGUUACCCACACAUGAAACACCAGUUCAUAAACCAUUAUGUCAGGGUUGAAUGGAAUGGUUUGUACAAGUAAAGUUGCUUGUGGAUACCAGCUCGCAGCUGUCAUUUGUGCUCAGUUCUGUCAGUUUUCAUGCAACUAGCGUUUGCAUUGCAUAUCAGCCAUGCACAUGCUUGUAUAUUUUUUUCUGAAUGUUUGCUUUAAUGUAUUCUGUAUGACAUGAUAAUUGUAAAAAUAAAUAUUAAAAAAGUUGUUCAGAGAAGUAAAAUGCAUAUUGCAGUGAGUGUGCUGUCCUGAAUCAUAUGCUGUUUUUUGAGAUUUCACUAAGGUUUCUGCCAGCUUGUGCAGUGCUUGGCAAAAAGUCUAAAAUUUUUGUCAAUGAAAUCAUCAAAAAUAGUAUGCCAUUAUACUUUUCGUAUCAGGAGCUAAGAAAUAGUUUCUGAAAAUGAUGCUUAGCUGACUGAAUCACAGUGGUCCAUGUGUAUUGAGACUAUUACACUUGGAGAUUUGUAAAUACUGAGAUGGCAGUGGUCGGAGGCUUUAAACUUCUGACAACACUUCCUCAGAGAAAGCAAGCUUGGGAUAGGAAUACUUCCUGAGGUUGCUUCUGCAUUAAAAAAAAAUGUACUUAAUUUAGUUAAGAAUUGAAAUCACAGCUCUCUGUAAGGUUAUUUUCACAAACCAUAAACUCAGGUUUUGCUUGUUAUGCCACCAUCAGUUUAAGUAAGUAUUCUAGUGUAGCUGUUGUUUCUGCUGGUGUAAGUUAAGUUAAUAAUUUUUUAAAGGGGUAUAAUACCAGAAUGAAGGAAAUGUCUGUGUCUGAAAAAUAACUAAGUUUGUUUUUUUUUUUUGGAUGUUCCCCAUGCUUUAAAAGAGUUCAAGUGGAGCCUGCCUGUUACAGGUGUUAAGCUUUGAGAGCUGAACCCAAGAGUUUCUGAUCCAGAUCUGGAAGAUAAAGUUAUUGCUUAAAGGGAAUUUAUGUAGAACCUGAGUACCCAAAUCUACAGUUGCCAUCCUGAAGAUUUCCACUGUUUAACAUUGAAGACCAAAGCGUCAUAUAGACUUCUGUUUCACUUGUAAAGCUCCACUGGUGCCUGUAACUUGUAUAUGUGUAGCCUCAGAAUUAUCACUGUCUUGGAACUUGAGCGGUGAACUGAGUGCUUCAGUAUUUUGCAGUGCUUGAAUAGCACACUAACAAGCUUACUAGAAGAUAAUGUCCUGUGCUUUAAAACGUUCUGAAGGAAUUGCUUUGCCUGUGCACUUCCCACUGUGGAUAUACAGCAGUGAGUAGAAGGUGUCAUUCAGGAAUUUAAUUUAUUUAGCAUUUUGAUAUUUGUUAAAUCUGGACGGACAAGUGAGAAUGUUGUUUGACACGUAUCUUAAGUAGUCAGACUGUUUCCCUGCUUUGCUGUCUGGUGCUGCCCUUUUCUUUGUCACAGGGCCCUGUCAUCGUGGCUAUUUAUGUGCCAAUAUACAUAGCUACAUCCUGACUGUUCUAACCAGCAUGGGACAGAAGGCUAAAGAUGAGAGCACAAAGACAGGCCUCCUUCCGUUUUUUUUCAAAGGGAAGAGUAAACAGGCAUCUCCAAGACUGUCAAUGAUAGUUGUCAAAGGUAAUAUUUUAAAUCCUGUUGAGGGACAGGAUUUAAGAGUAGCCUCUUUUUCCCUGUGUUUCAUAUUCUUUUGUGAUAAACACUGCUUUGGAUACUUGUUGUAACUUCCCUUUCUUUGUGCAUCCUGUAGGUUUUCUAGGCAUUUUCCAUGAAGUUUGGGUUGCAGUAGCAGGUUGUAAUUACCUUACAUGAAUCUGAUUCCUAUUUUUCAAGGCACUAACUGUAAUUUUCUGACAUGUAAGAGUACCUUACUAUCUCUGUCAUCCUUUCUUCUUUGUACUGCUGCUGUUAGUACUAUGGAAUGUUCGAGUGCGGGAGUGACCAAAAGAUUUAUUUUCUACUUUUGUUAUGCUUUGUUUUUUUUGUUUUUCUUGUGUUUUUUUGUUAAUAGACAUUAAGCAUUCUAUUAUUCUCUUGAAAGCCAAGUUCUAGAACAUUAUCAUCUUCCAAAAGGGGGAAGGCAAAAAAAAACCCCAACCAACUUAGAGAAGAUGUAAUAUUUUAUCAGAGAUGGGAGGUUUUUGUCUUCUCUUCAUAUAAUUUUUCUCCCUAAGAAGGGAAAAGUUGAAACUGGAGGCAGUGGUAAGAAGUUAAAUGUUAAGACAAGGGUUUCUUGUCCGAUUUCUUAGUGUUCUUAUAGCUAUGCACCUUCACACUUUUCUCAGGCUGCCAAAUGUAAAAUGUUGAGAGUCUGUAGUUAUAUGUUAGAAGUCUUACCAUAUCAGGGGUAUGUUAUUUUUCUUAAAUUUGGCCUAUAGUGCAAUAGAUUUUUAUCUUUAAAGAGAGCAAAUGUUAGCUUGUACAGCUAAAAGUCCCGAUAUUCUGCCUGAAGAUAAUAAGCAGAUAAUUUGUAAUGUUCAUUUCUCAUGUUUAUUUUCUUUAUCCAGAAACUGCUUAAUCUGUGGUUUCAAAAAAUGGUACUGUUUAGUGAUAUGUUCUGUUAAACCAAAUGUUGAAUCUUUAGGUUGUGACUUCAUCACUGUCACACUGUAUUAGCGUUCGCUUGGCAGUCUUGUGUAAAAACACUGGCUCAGCAGGCUGGCAUGUAAAGUUAUUUAUUAAAGCUGUGCUUCAGCAAAACCUUUAAGUACUUGAAAUCCUAUUUUUAGGCAUGUGAGUGACUCAUCUACCUUAAAGGUAGGUGGGCUUGAUUAAGUACUGUGCAGAGUUAGGCUAGAGAGGUACAGGCAGAAUGAACUUGAUUACUCUGCCACAGCAGUGUGCUUUCCUCGAUCAAGUUCACAUGCCUAGAUGUAAUAGAGAGCAUUGAAGGUUGAGUUUCCAGUAGCAUUUAUGGAGAAGAGUCCAUGGUUGAAUCUGCAGCUGCUGGCUGUCACUAUUACUUUCUGCUGAGGUGACUUACUAGUGCAUUUUUAGUGUAAAUUUUAUUUUUUUAUUUUAUUAUUUGCCUGUGUACACAGUUGUUGGUUAAACAAGACUACUUGUGGUUUUUUAUGUCUUGAGUUUGUUGGGUUGAGGUGUUUGUGGUUUUUUUUAGACAUUUAAUUAAAUUAGAAUGCGAAGCUUUCUUGGGGUGGUUCUUUGCUUUGUUUGUUUUUGGGUUGGUUUUUGUUUUGUUUUUCUCUUUGAAUCCUUUAAAGAUGAAAAUAAAAUAGCUUUUUAAACGGCA